UAAAUUGGAUGUGGGUAAAAAUCGAGGUAACAGUAAAUCACCAUACAGUAUUACCAACAAUCAAUCUCGAGGGUAAACUCUACAGCUCCACAUCACUUUAUUUCCCAUCCCCAGUGUUUGCCGACACAACACUUCAUCUUCCUGCUUGCAGCAUUUUCUACUCUUAAGCCCCCACCUCUUUCCCCACCCCCUUUACACACAGACACACACACACACCCCACAACCUCCUUCUACUGUCUUGUUCUGAGUUGCCCAGAAAGACAGCCAUUCAAUCAGCUGCUGUGGGACUUUUAUCCCCACAAACAGCAACCCUCAUGCACCAAUUCCCCGGCAUUCACCGGCUGAUGCUAGACACACGCUGCCUUUUAAUGUCCUUCCUGCGCUGGAUCUCUUUUGUUUUUGUGUCUCCUUCAACUUCAUAUCAUCGUUUGACCCUCUUUAAAGGACGACAUUUGUAAUAAGGGUUGCAUUUAUUUAUUUUUACGAGGAGGAGGGAGGGUGGUGGUGUUGCUUGGCAAGUGCCUGCAGAGGAGGACUAGAUCCCUUGGUCUGGCUGGUGAUUUCAGCAGCUGCACAAUAUGUUGAAUCCCACCAAUGGAGACCAGACUCACAUGGUAAACUAUGUAGAGGAUUACCUGGACUCAAUCGAAUCUCUGCCUUUGGAUAUGCAGAGAAAUGUAUCUAUGAUGAGGGAGAUUGACGCCAAAUACCAAGAGAUUUUGAAAGAACUGGAUGACUAUUAUGAAAAGUUCAAACGUGAAUCAGAUGCAAUACAAAAGAGGCGACUGCUGCAAUUCAUACAAAGAGCUCUCAUUCGGAGUCAAGAGCUGGGUGAUGAGAAGAUCCAAAUAGUUAGCCAAAUGGUGGAGUUGGUUGAAAACAGGACAAGGCAAGUGGAUAGUCAUGUGGAACUGUUUGAAACUUGUCAAGACUUAAAUGACAGCACAAGCAAUAGCAGUAAGAAUAACCAGGAAAAAUCCAAAAGUGAGGCAAUCUCUCAGACUGAAAAGACCAGCAAUAAGAGGUCAAGGAGGCAGAGAAAUAAUGAGAACAGGGAAAAUGCGACCCUCAAUCAUGACCAUGAUGACCUUAGCUCAGGAACACCCAAGGAGAAGAAAGCAAAAACAUCAAAGAAGAAAAAGAGAUCCAAAGCUAAAGCUGAAAGAGAGGCUUCACCUGCAGAUCUUCCCAUCGACCCCAACGAGCCAACCUACUGCUUGUGCAAUCAAGUUUCCUAUGGUGAAAUGAUUGGCUGCGAUAAUGAAGAGUGCCCAAUUGAAUGGUUUCACUUUUCUUGUGUAGGACUUAAUCAUAAACCUAAGGGAAAAUGGUACUGUCCUGAAUGUAGAGGAGAAAAUGAAAAAACCAUGGGGAAGGCACUUGAGAAGUCUAAAAAAGAGAGGGCUUACAAUAGGUAGUCCAGAGGCAAAGCCCAGGAAAGGCAUAAAAAAAAUAAAGAAUUGUAUUUAUUGGUUAGAUCACAUUCUGAAGGUGAAAGGAUUGCAAAAAUUGUGUGGGGGGGGGAGUUUGUUGGUUGUUUUUAAUAAAGCUAGGGGCAACCCAUUUGUGUUAUAGUAACAGCAAUAACAGCACUUUUUCCUGCUAUCAUUAGUAGUAUAAAGGAAAUUGCCUUUGAACCAAAUGUCUUCUCUUUUUAAGAGUGGCCUGAAAGUCUUGCUGAUCUAAGUGUUAAAGGUAAUUGCCUUAUGAAAACAAACACCCAAGCUAUGUUUUUUGUGGACCUAUUAAGACUCUUCAAAAUUGUGGUGCAGAAAGCACUAUAUCCAACCAGAUGUUAUUGCAAAUUGUUGUUUUGUUUGAUGUAUGUUCAAUUUCCUAACUGUUUGGAAACAGUUAAUGAAAUUAUUUAAUUUGACCAUAAGAGCCCUACAAAUUCUUUCCUUUGACCUUUCAUUAUGAGAUGAAAUGGAUUGAUGAAGAGGGUGAUCCAUGCUCCUCACUACUAGUACAGUAGUGUAAAACACAGACCGGUGCACUUAAGACUAAAAUAUUAUAUUUUAAAUUGAAUGCAAUGGGUUACAUUUUCAUGAAAAUAUUUUAUACUGUGUACUGGCCUAGUAUCCCAACAAGGCCAUUUUAAAAUAAUUGGUUACAUUUUUUUAUCAAACCAGACGGUGGUUUAGUUUCACACAAAUCAAGCUUUAUAAUGUCACAGAUAACAGUGAAGCAAUCCUAAUUUGUAUAAAUGUACAUUUUCAAUGGAAUUGCACUUGAUGUAUUAUAAUUGGAAAUGCAGCCAAAUGCCAUUGUAUAACAAAUGUGCAUUUCCUCCUGUAUGUAUGAAGAUUGUACAGCUGUGUUACUUAAAAUAAAUUACAGAUCUACUGAAAGUUA